CCCCUCGACGAUCAUUUGGCUGGUAGGUGUUACCUAUAUCUAUCCCACUCCUAGGUACUUAGCACAGGCUUCUCGAACCUACGGCCGUCAGUCCAUUGAUGACGGACAUCUGGAGUUCUUAUAUUAGAAUAUAAGACACACGACAAACUUUCAAAUAACUUCCUUCCCAUCCAUUUCAUAUAAGCUGAUAUGGUGUCUCUUAAUUAGGCGCUUCGCCUUUUUCUCCAAACCUACCCCAUAGCUCUAAAAGAGUUGUCAAUAAAUAUCGUCUAAUAAUAUGACGUUUAAAAUGGCAGCGUGGGCUUGGGCGGUCCCCAGCCUGCUGGCAUCUUUCGUCAUAGGUGCUCCAACUACCGGCGUUCAACAUGUCCUGCAGGCGGGAAAUCAUGGCAGCCAGUCUGCGUCGCGACACAAGUUGCACGGCAGAUUCCUUCAUAUAACAGAUUUACAUCCUGAUGAACAUUACAAAGUUCACACAUCUACUGAGGAAAACAUCGCAUGCCAUCGAGGCCAUGGUCUUGCCGGUACAUAUGGCGCCGAAACUUCGGAUUGCGAUUCUCCUUUAACACUGGUCAAUGCGACUCUUAAUUGGGUUGCUGAGAAUUUGAGAGACGAGAUCGACUUUGUCGUUUGGACAGGCGAUUCAGCCCGCCAUGACAGCGAUGAAGAAAUUCCCCGGCAUGAUAAAGAAAUUCUAGCGAUGAACCGUAGGAUCGCAGAUGCUUUUGUCACCACAUUUUCUGACGACGAUGGCUUGGUAGUCCCCGUCGUCCCAACUUUUGGAAAUAAUGAUAUUUAUCCACACAACAUAUUAAUGCCAGGCCCAAACAAGAUUCUGACGACUUACACCGAUGUUUGGAAGAGCUUUAUCCCGGAAGAGCAAAGACACUCGUUUCAGUAUGGCGGCUGGUUUUAUGUUGAGGUCAUUCCGAAUAAGCUGGCUGUCUUCAGUCUCAACACUUUGUAUUUCUUCGAUCGCAAUGCAGGUGUUGAUGAUUGCGCACACCCGACCGAGCCUGGGUACAAACAUUUCGAAUGGUUGCGCGUUCAAUUGCAAUUCCUUCGGGAGCGUGGAAUGAAGGCUAUUUUAAUGGGACAUGUUCCUCCUGCGCGAACUUCCGGCAAGCAAUUAUGGGAUGAGACAUGCUGGCAAAAGUAUACACUCUGGCUGCAGCAGUAUCGCGAUGUUGUUGUGAGCUCCUUAUACGGUCACAUGAACAUCGAUCAUUUUCUACUUCAAGACACACACGAGAUCGAUCUUUCCCUCCUCGAAGCUGAAUCUGACGAGAGAGUAAGUAUUCGUGAAUCUUUGGAUGAGGAAUUGUCGGUCGAGUCGAGCAAGGACUAUCUCAUUGAAUUGAGGGACGACUGGUCUAAGUUACCGAGCCCCGUUCAGUCAAACGGAGUAGAAGAAUCUGGCAAAAAGAAGAAACAUAAGAAAAAGAAGGGCAAAAAGGGCAAGAAUAAGGUCGGCGGGCCAUGGGCUGAGCGUUACCAACUGACCCUCAUCAGCCCUAGCGUUGUCCCUAAUUAUUUCCCAACACUCCGAGUCUUUGAUUACAAUAUAACCGGAAUAGAGGACACACCGAUAUGGGCCGACACUAUGCGCAAGUCUGGUGUGAAAGCUCCCUCACCAUCUUCACCAGAAUCCCCUUCUUUAGAACUACGCGCCGAAUAUGAUACGGAGGAGAUUGAGAUGAGUAAGAAGAAGAGAAAGGGGAAAGGUGGUCAAAAGACAAAAAUGCAAAUCCCGGACCCGCCAGCCGAAGGAGAUCAGCCGGGACCGGCGUACUUCCCGCAGACCUUGACUUUGAGAGGAUACACCCAAUACUACGCCAACCUAACAUAUAUCAACAACGAUGUUGCGGAAGACAGCGUUGAGGAUGAGACAUUAUCAACAGCAGGCUGGAAUUCCGGGAAGCAUAAGAACAAGAAGCCAAAGCACGACAAGCCGAUGCCGAGGAAGUUCGGCUUCGAGGUCGAAUAUACCACUUUCGACGACAAGAUCUACAAGCUGAAAGACUUGACCGUCAAUAGUUUGCUAAGGCUUGCGCACAGAAUUGGGCAGACUUCGUCAGAUGGGACCGAGGUGUUAAGCCAGGACUUGGAAUACGAGAGUGGGGGCCAUGAUGCUGCUACUCAACUUGUUGAAGAGAAAGACUUGAUAGAAGAAGAGGAUGAUGAUGAUUCCGAGAACGGAGCUAGUGAAAUAGAGGAGGACGACGAAGAAGAAGACGACACAGACGACGAGGAGGAUCUAGACGCCGAGAAGAAGAAGCACAAACACAAGAAGGGGAGGAAAGGGAAGAAGAAGCAUAAGAAGAAGAGAGAUACCAAGAUCUGGCUCCACUUCCUCAAACACGCUUUCGUCAGUACUAAGAGUAUCGACGAGCUGAAGGAUCUCGACUAGGUGCUUACCUAGAUACCUACUGGAAGAAGAUGGCGUUGGGACAUUGCUUUAUGUAUGGCGGCUGCUUUUGUUGGCUUUAUUCGAAUGCAUAUCAAGGUGCAUGCAUAGGUGUCUACUUACUUACCUACCUCCUAACUCCUACCACCUCCCCCGCCUACGUACAUACAUACUCUUACAUCACUACAAGGAGGUAGGUAGGUAGGUAAGUAGGCAGAUGCAUAGACGCAUAGUAGGCGGCAGUCUUUUUCACGAACGAACGAACGAACGAUACGGAGUACUGCUCACUUGGCUUAUGGAGUCCGUUUCGCUUGGCCCAUUGGUCGGCUGGAUUGUUUGGUUCACUUGGGACAUGGUGCAUACAUCAUGUAGCUACUAAAUAGGUACCUACCUACCUGCUACCGGUAGUUGGAAUGUGCUUUUGUUACGGCUGUUUGUUUAUUUGUGUGGUUUCUUUGGAUGAUAAAAAAGCCUUGUUUUCUGAGGAGCAAGUCUUGGAUUAGGUACCUAGGAUAGGACAGGAUGUGGGUGCAUUGCAUCGCAUCAGAUAGGUAGUAUCGAAUAGGAUAGGUAGCAUUAUAUAUGCUGACGUGCGUUACUUAACAGAGAAUAAGAGUUCAGUUGAAUCAAGGGGAUAGAGUUAGCAGGCACAGAAAGUCAUCAUAGUUCAA